GUUUCAAUGGGUCGAGGGUGUGGCGUGGGAGGGAGGGGCUUACGGAGCUUAGGGCAACAAAUCUCAGCGCGCUCGAGUCAUUUUGGGACGAAGCCUCCAUGCAUAUAUGCGCCCCAGCGGCCAACUGAGUUUGGGGACAGUGGCACACGUACGAGACAAACGCGCAGACGUUGGACUUUCUUUUUCACUUCUUCAUAUUCUUUCUUUGACCGUCUGCCCAAACAGAGCAAAAUGAUGAACAAGCCAUUUGGAAAGAGCGGCGAUAUGAGUGAGCUGGUGGGCUCCCUGGGCUGGCUGGAGGAAGACGGCAGCUCUCAGGAUGGCGAGGAAAGCCCAGAGAUGAGGGGCCACCAUGUCCUGCUUGAAGGAAGCAGACACUCCUGCUCCGAGCUGGGCAGCGAGGACAUGGAAGAAGAAGAGGAGGAGGAGGAAGAGGAGGAGGUGAUGAGUGGGCCUAAUGGAGAAAUGGCUCCUAAAAGGAGGGGCCCCAAGAAGAAGAAGAUGACCAAGGCUCGUCAGGAGCGAUUCCGGGCCCGCCGCAUGAAGGCCAACGCCAGGGAACGCUCGCGCAUGCACGGCCUGAAUGACGCGCUGGACAAUUUGCGGCGAGUGAUGCCCUGCUACUCCAAAACGCAGAAGCUGUCCAAGAUUGAGACGCUGCGGCUGGCCCACAACUACAUCUGGGCGCUGUCGGAGGUACUGGAUAACGGCCAGUCUCCGGAGAGCCACGGCUUUAUGGAGAUGCUGUGCAAAGGCCUGUCGCAGCCCACCAGCAACUUGGUGGCCGGCUGCCUGCAGCUGGGCCCAGCGCCCUUGCUCAUCAACAAGCCCGAGGAUAAGUGCGGAGGCCCCGGCUCAGUCGCCGCGGGGGGUCAGGCCGGCCGUGGCCUCAGCUACCCAUCCCCGGGGCUCCCCAGCCCCCCUUACGGCUCCCUUGAGGCAUCCCACCUCCUCCACAUGAAGGGCUUCAAGGGGGGGCAGUCAUUCGGCCACCCCUCCCCUCAUGAGUGCGGCGGCGGCGGCGGCGGAGGCACCCCGCCGUACGACGGGCCCCUCACGCCCCCCCUCAGCAUCAGCGGCAACUUUGCCCUGAAGCAGGAGCCGUCGCCCCGGGAGUCCGAGAGGAACUACACGGGCCACCACGCCCAUUACCUGACGUCCCACCAUUACCCCGCCUCGGCGAGCGCUGGCCUAGCCGGGGGGCAUCAGGGCCACCCGCUCUUCCAGGCCUCCCGCUACGAGCUGCCCCUGGAUGUGGCCUUUGACUCCUUCGCCUCUUCUCAUCUGUUGGCUGCUCAGAUGGGUACCAUGUGAAAAGACCCUCACAGGCUUUGAAAUGGUCAACGGGCUACCUUUGCUACACUGCUUCCUCAUUGGGCCAGGGGUGGGGGGGGGUUCAGCGUGGGGUGGUCAGCGUCUUGCUCAAGGACACUUGGACAUGCUUACAACGGCUGAGGAUCCAACCUCCAACCUCUGGCUUGGGGGACGACAAUAUUAGGCACCAAACUUGAAGUCGAUGCACACUUGCUUUCAUGGACCACAUACGAUGAUGCGAAGGGCCAGUUCUGGACCCCGAGCCUCAAAGUUGGACACCGGUGCUAGAGAACCAGCAGUACAUUGCAUCACCUGAGCGCGGCCACCUUUCAAAGAGCGACUGGUCAGCUCCCAUCCAUCCACCUGAUGCUCAACAUCUUUUUGAACAAAGGACGCAAAACUUUCCAUCCACCUGAAAUUGCCCGCAGCCAUUGAGCGUCUCAGCAACGGAGCGAUGAAUUUAUUUAUAAAUUUGUAUUUAAUAUUUAUUUUGAUCCUGUCUGUCUUUUUACAAAAAACCCUGUCUUCUCUAUUUUUCCGUUUUGUUUUCUUUUGUCUUCUCGGUUUGUCCUUGGCAGCUAUACUGUAUUUAAGUUAUUUAUUGGAGCUCUUUCAGGUACUUGUUGAUUGGGUGUCACAAUCUUUGGGUGUCGACAUUGUAAAUAUUUUUGCUGUUUCGCACUUAAUUGAAUAAAUAUUCUUAUACAGUAUUGGAUGCUCUUUCCGUCGUAAGAUUUUGUUUGGGCUCGUGCAAUUUUACUCCAUGCCGUAUUCUAGAAAAUUAUUAGAAAUUAUUCAAAUGAUUAGAAAUGACUGAUUAAAGAUAAAUAAAAAAAUAAAAUAAAUAAAAAUAAAUAAAUAAAUUUUUUCAAAAUCCACAGGGACCACACAUUACAAAAUUAUAGUUUGGUUCUCAUUUUGAUAUAAAACUAACAACGCUUGAGGAUAGUCUACCAUUUUGCUUCACUUCAUUUAUUUCAAGGUGACUAAAGUGCAAGUACAGGCUUUCUUUUUUCUUUUUUUUUUUUGUUCAGUGAAGUCCCACCAGAACUCAUUUGCAAGAUGUGUGAGCGUGCACGAUGUGUGGCUUCACGCAGUCAGGCGGGUGUGUGGGACCCCGUUGUGGGCCAUGGGAAACAACACUUGAGGAACAGGUGAAUGUGGCACGGCCUUUUUCUCCAGCUCUCCCACAUGUCCCCGUUUCCCAUCAUGCCAAAACACUGCAGGGCAAAAAGUCAUGUUUCAUCCACCAUACAAAGUAAAAAAAAAAAAAAAAAAA